AUGCCAAUUGACAGGAGGAAGCUGGGUGUGUUUGGGGCGGCGGUCGCCCUGCGACUUGUCCUGAUCUUGCUGUUCCCCGGCCUCCCUGACCUACUGACUGGUCGUGUCGAAGUGUCAACUCCGAUCAGCAGCUUUAAGAGAUUGCAAGAAGGCUUGUUCUUAUAUCUUCGGAAUGUUUCCCCAUACGACGGCGGGGUGUUUCACCAGGCACCUAUAUUCCUCCCGCUGUUUUCCCUCCUACCGCAGUCCCAUGGAUACACUCUCCUGACGGUUCUUGUUUACACCCUGCUAGAUCUCAUCAACGCCAAUGCGCUAAUUGAGAUAUCAAAUUCGGGCGAGUCGGUUGUGUCACGGCUAUUCACUUCUCCCAGAAAGAAGAUAAGAUGGGAUGGUGUCGCUAUUGUGAUUGGCUACCCUUCUAGAUACCUAUUUAACCCCUUUACAAUAGCGACUUGCCUAGGGCGCCCUACCACAGCUUUCACAAACACCGCCAUAAUAUUUGCGAUAUCGAGUGCGAUUACCGGCAGGAGUGUUAACUCUAUGCUGGCCUUGGGCCUGGCAUCCUACCUUUCCGUCUAUCCCGCCCUCCUGUUUCCACCUUUAGUCUUGAUUUGUUAUGAUCGUUAUAUCAGCAAAGUAAAAUCUGGAGGCAGCAGCAUACCAUACGCCGCGUCACAUUUUCUCAUCUUCACUGCGGUUAUUGCAGGAUUGUUGGUCAUAUCGUUCGGUAUAACUGGCUACUCGUGGGACUUCGUCUCUGCCACGUAUGGCGCGCACAUAUUGGUUCCAGACUUGACCCCCAAUGUCGGCUUAUGGUGGUAUUUCCUGAUCGAAAUAUUCGACCCGUUCCGUGAAUUCUUCCUAGGGGUAUUCUGGUUGCACUUAGCAAGUUACGUGGGCGGCCUGACCAUACGCCUAAGGCGGCAACCGCUUUUCGUCAUGACAUGCCUUCUUGGUAUAUUCGCCAUCUUCAAGCCCUACCCCAGCAUAUCGGAUGUUUCGAUAUACCUGUCGUUCCUUUCGCUCUACCGACACGUAUUCCCUCUAAUGCGUUAUACCUUCCUUUCCGUAUCGGCGUUGUUGUAUGCCAGUCUUCUUGGCCCAAUCUUUUAUCAUCUGUGGAUAUACGCAGGUUCAGGAAACGCCAAUUUCUUUUAUGCCAUCACGCUGGUAUGGAGCCUUGGACUCUCUAUCCUCGUUGCGGACUCACUAUUCGCUGUUCUCAGGGAUGAAUGGGACGAAGAAAGGCCAGAAGUAAGAGGGAAAGAAGCAAGACAGAUAUGACGAUAUAGCUUCAAUUGAUAUCGGGUACCGUGAUAUCCAUCCUCUCACCGCUAUCACUUGUAAGCGGCUGGGACAUAAUCAUAUAAUCGUAUUCUUUCA